AUGUCAUCAUUUAAGGCCAUUGGCUUGCCGGAUUGGCUAUGCAAUGCACUCCAUGCUAUGAGAAUUAUCAAACCAACUUCCAUUCAAGCUGCUACUAUUCCUGAAAUCUUGAAUGGUAGGGACUGUAUUGGAGGAGCCAAGACAGGUUCUGGCAAGACCAUUGCUUUCGCAGCUCCAAUGCUGACACAGUGGGCUGUGGAUCCAUGUGGUGUUUUUGGAAUUGUUUUAACUCCGACAAGAGAAUUGGCUAUGCAGAUAGCCGACCAGUUUGCUGCCCUUGGAGCCAAUGUCAACUUGAAAGUUGCCCUAGUGAUAGGUGGUGAAUCAAUGAUCAACCAGACUAAUAAAGUUAAGGAGAAUCCAGAUUUCAUUAUUGCAACACCAGGAAGAUUGGCACACAUUAUCUCUGAAAAUCCGGAUGAUGUUAGGGGAUUUAGUAGGGUGAAGUAUCUUGUGUUGGAUGAAGCUGACAGACUUCUUACGGAUUCGUUUGGAGAGGAUUUAGCAGGUUGCUUGAAGGCCAUUCCUGAUCCUACAAAAAGACAAACACUUCUUUUUACCGCUACCGUUACGGAUUCGGUCAGGACCCUUAAGGAUAAACCCGUGGCGGAAGGAAAACUACCCGUUCUUCUUCAUGAACUAGAUAAGAUAGACGAUGUUGUGAUUCCAGACAAACUAUCAUUGGGAUUUAUUCUCACACCAUUCAUGGUGAAAGAAGCAAUGUUGCACAACCUAUUGACUAGUGAAGACUACGGAGAUUCUUCUUCCAUAGUGUUUGUAAACAGAUCUGAGACUGCUGAGACGCUACGAAGAAUACUAAGGAAACUUGAAGUGAGAGUUACUUCUCUUCACUCUCAACUACCGCAACAGGAGAGGACUAAUUCUCUACAAAGAUUUAGGGCCGGUGCUGCCAGGGUCCUUGUAACUACUGAUCUAGGUUCCAGAGGUUUAGAUAUUCCAACGGUUCAACUAGUUAUCAACUACGACAUUCCUCGAGAUCCUGAUGAUUUUAUUCAUAGAGUUGGUAGAACUGCAAGAGCUGAAAGAAAGGGUGAUGCUAUUUCAUUCAUUACUCCAAACGAUUUGACACGUAUUCUUGCAAUAGAGGAAAGAAUAGGAAGAAAAAUGGAGGAAUACAAGAAGAUCACUGAUAAUCAGGUCAUAAAGAACUCUUUGAAAGCAACUUCCAAGGCUAAAGUGGAGGCAAGAAUGGAUAUGGACCGGGAAGGCUUCAACGAUCGUAGUAGAAAUCGGAAAAGGAGGCUCGAACUAGAGGCACAAUUCGAGGGAAAAGCUCCGAAACGCUCAAAAAAGAAUAUCAAUUAA